AUGGCACCUUAUUUCGGCCUUCGUGGCCCGGCAUUGAGUCGGGCAAUCAUGUGGCUGGUCGUUUGUCCAGCAUUUGUGACAUAUGGAUACAAUCAAGGUGUCACUGGGGGUCUUUUGACGUUGAAGUCAUUUUCUGAGCAGUUUCCCCAAAUGAACACGCUUACUACGACGGGCGCAGAACAACGUUCCAACUCGACAAUUCAAGGAACGGUCGUUGCGUUGUACACAAUAGGAGGAAUGUUCGGUUCAUUAUCAUGCGUUCAACUGGGUGAUAUUCUUGGUCGUCGCCGAGUCAUUUUUAUCACGACUCUCAUUUCACUCAUCGGAGCUGUGUUGAUGGCAACUUCGUUUUCCCUCGCUCAGUUUAUCGUUGCUCGACUGGUUCUGGGAUACGGCACAGGCGGAUAUGUCGCUACCGUGCCUGUUUGGCAAUCAGAAAUUUCAAAGCCAACGAAAAGAGGCGCCCAUGUGGUGACCGAUGGGAUUUUCAUUGGCGUUGGUAUCACCGUCUCGCUCUGGAUCGAUUUCGGUUUCUACUUUGUCACAGGCAGCUCCGUUUCAUGGCGAUUUCCCCUGGCCUUCCAAAUUAUUCUGUCAUUAAUUGUCAUGGCUUUUGUUAUGCAAUUCCCUGAGUCACCACGAUGGUUAGUCAAAAAGGGCCGGUCUGAGGAAGCUAGAGCUAUUCUAGCAGCAUUGGCCGACGUGGAGGAAGACUGUGAAGAGAUAACUCUUGAGAUCCGUGACAUCGAAACCUCUCUUGUCCUCUCAGGAUCAGGAUCCUUUAAGGAUAUGCUGAAGAUGGGCGAACAGCGUCUUUUCCACAGAACUGUACUAGCAGCCUGUGGCCAAAUGUUCCAACAGAUGUGUGGUAUCAACUUGAUCACAUAUUACGCAACAACAAUCUUCCAACAAUAUCUGGGUCUUGACGCAGUUCAAUCUCGAAUCCUCGCUGCAUCGAUGUGCCUUACUCAGCCCCUAGGCGGAUUUCUCGCUUAUUUUACUAUCGAUCGUCUCGGUCGGCGGGUUCUCAUGCUGUGGUCUGCUGUCGGUAUGUCUGUUUCGAUGGCAAUUCUUGCAGGAACCAACUCUAUGAGCAACAGCUCGGGCGCAAUGAUCGCAGCUGUAGUCUUUUUAUUUGUCUUUGAAUUCAUUUUUACAGUCGGCUACUCCGGACUGACCUUCUUAUAUGCGACCGAGGUCGCUCCACUACAGCUACGAGCUUCGAUCAGUGCUGUUUCCACGGCGGCAGUGUGGAUGUUCAACUUCCUUUUGGCCGAAGUGACGCCCGUGGGAUUUGAUACCAUUUCAUGGCGCUAUUAUAUUAUAUUUGCCGUUCUAAAUGCCGCAAUUGUACCAGUUGUGUACUUUUGCUUUCCGGAAACGAAUGGAAGAUCUUUGGAAGAAAUAGAUGAGAUUUUCCUCCAGUCCAAGAGCAUUUUUGAUCCGCCUCGCAUUGCCCGUUCUCUACCUAGGGUUCACGUUGCAGAUACUCAAGGCUUUGAUAUCGAGGUAGCGAAGGGAAUUGAAGGAGGAGGCGUGGAAAGUAAGAAGACUUGA